GCACUCUCAAUUUGCUUGCUACAUGUACAACAUUGUUACCUUGGUACUGCACAGUGCACAUCCCAUCAUAUCAACUGUGAACAUGACCCUUCUUUCAGUCAUCCUCUCAUCUCCUAGAACCCUAAAUUCUAUAUGAAAAUUAAUUUUCUUGUUCAUUCUGUGAAUCCCAUUAUAAAAAAAGUGAGUGUGUUUUAGUGAAUUUCUACUAUUUCUUGAUUUAAACUGUGGGGGAAUGGACGUUGAUUUCUGGGCUGCGGGAGUUCAUUCAGCUAAGAAGUUUUCUGCUCUCCAAGAUGCCAGACUUGACAACUCAAGCAACCAUUUAAUCAUCGAUGAUGAAGGGGAUGAUGAAAUGAGAGCUUGGUUUCCAUGUCCUUUUUGUUAUGUUGAAAUCGAAGUUCCUGUGCUUUGUAUCCAUCUGCAAGAAGAGCAUUGCUUCGACUUGAAAAAUGCCGUUUGUCCCAUAUGUGCUGCAAAUUUAGGAAAAAAUGCAAUUGGCCAUUUUACGAUGCAGCAUGCACAUUCAAUAAAGAGGAGGAAAAAAACUCAAAAAUCCGGCUUUUGGAGUAACAUAUCCACAAACAUUGUUAUGGACAUCAGAGAACUAAGUUCAUAUUCGAUGAGUGGUCAGAUUAAUGGGAGCGAACCUGCACCUGAUCCACUCCUUUCGCCGUUUCUCUACAGUGUGCUCCUUUCGGAUUCUAAAGACAGUCAGAAAGAUGUAACUUCUUACAUUGCUGCCACUAGUGAUGUAGAAAGCAAGAAACCAUCACUGGCAGAAGAAAUUCAAGAACAAGAUUAUGAGGAAAUGAGACAAAGAGCUACGUUUCUUCAGGAGCUAAUUGCAUCAACCAUUUUCUCAGACUCAAUGGAAGAGGAUUAAUUCCAGUAAAGCUUCAACAAUUUACACCACAUUAAUUUUAGUUGGUGGUGCAUAAUUGAAGAUCAAAUUGUUGGAAGAUUACGAACAAAAAAUUGCUAAGAGAAUCUGAGACAACGUAGAAUUUGUGAAGAAGUUCACACAAUGUUAUCAGUCAUCUAUUUAUAACGUAUAAUUUGUAUGAACUUAUGAUUAUGAUAUACGAUAAUGUACAAUUUGUCGAAAGAGAGAUUCAACAUAUUAUCAUGAGUUACUUUUUAUUCCAA